AAAAAAAACUCAGCCCGACCAACUCCGCCAACAAAAAAACCUGCAAGCAACUUCAUUCAACUCCGCCCAACCACGAAAGCAAGAUGGCACAAGCAGACGAAAUGGGAGAAUUGAUCGAAUUCCUUCAUGACCGAAACCCAGAGGUUCGAAGGCUGGCUGUCCAUGGCUUGUUACCCUACACCGCUGCCAACCAUCCAUCCCGGUCAAUCCUGAACAAUCUCCCCACGGCCGAGAACUCAUCCGGAGAUCUCAAACCGGGUAGCAUCAAGCCCGGGAUCAUCGAGGAUUUGAAACGGCUAUCCGAAGACCAACAUAUGACCGCCCAUGAUGCCUUCUCAGCAUUGAUUAACCUAUCGGAUACCGCCCCGGUCGUAGAACAACUCAACGAUCCCGACUUCCUCUCAGUCAUCUUUUUCACGAUCAUCGAUCAUGAUUCCCUCCUAGCCGAUCUAGCAUGCAUGCUAUUGUCCAACCUGACCAAACUAGAUUCGAUCGUCAAUCUUUGUCUUAGCUCGACCAUCCCACCUCAUACAUCUCACCCGACGAUCAAUCAAGACGAAUCAUUGAGUGCCCGACUGAAGAAGAGUACCAGCCCACUCAUGGACCUUCUCAUCGAGCUGUUCGCCCGUGGAGACCGGAAACAAAUCAACCCACAUGCCAACUUUGACUUUCUGGCCUCAGUCUGGGCCAAUCUCUCAGCCUCUCCCAAGGGUCGGGAUUAUUUGGUUGGUGUUAGCCAUUCAUCAACUGUCACUAGUGAAGCGCCCCUCUUCCAGUUAUCCCCAUUCACCGAACACCCUAGCUUGAUCAGACGAGGUGGAGUGAUUAGUGCUAUCAAGAACUGUUGCUUUGCGACUGAAGUCCACGACCAACUGCUCUCACCCACUGGAUUCAACCUACUACCAGCGAUCCUCUUGCCUUUGAUGGGCCCAGAAGCAUUGGAUGAUCCCGAAGAACAGGACGAGUUUCCCGUCGAAUGUCAGCUCCUCGGCCCUGAUAAGCGGCGAGAAACCGAUCCUAAUCUCAGGCUGAUCCUCGUCGAAUCUCUCAUCCUCUUGGCUACUUAUCCCUUCCAACGUGAAAUCAUGCGCAAGAAAAAGGUCUAUCGGAUCGUUCAGAUUCUUCAUUUGGACGAAACUUCAGAAAACGUCCAGGAAAGUAUUGAACGCUUAGUCAAUCUCUUGAUGCGAGAUGAAUCAGAACAAGGAACAAAACAAAUUCAUGAAUUGGACGAUGAAGAUCAAUUAGUCGAAGUUUGACUUCCUUUCAACUACUUGGUGAAAACAAAUGAACCCCACUUGCUCAACAUGAAAAUCAGCACGUUUUUUAUCAUCCCGUUUUUUAUCUAUGUUGAAGAAAAGAUGGAAAUUAUGGAAUGCUUGAUUUAGAUUAAUACAUAUGAUUGUUCCGAAUCCAUGUAAAUAGAUCUUGUUAUCAAUCGAUUGCCGACCAACAUUUCCUUGACCCUGUGAGAGACAUCACUACGAUCUUGAUUAGACAAACUGCCCUAGUCAGAUGUCAGUGUAUCUUUCACAAACACUGACUGUGCAUAUCGUUC